UCACGCACGCAGCUGCAGAGCAGAGUAAAAUGAAUUUGAGCCGGAAUAAAACUCUACAACAUGAACACAGCUUCAGACUAACUUCAUAAAAGCGACUGAUUCGAGCUCAGGGGCUCGAUCAUGAGUCAUGGCAAUGACUGCUGUAAAGCAGAGGACGGAGCAGAGAGCGACCAGAGGCGGCCUCUCACUCUGGAAAGGGUGGAGAAAGAAGCGGGAAAAAGCUGUCGCACCGCUGUGUUACAUCGGCUGAAGAAACACUGCUCAUGCACGCCAAAGAAGGCAAAAUCCAAAAUACUGGGCUUUUUCCCAAUUCUGAAAUGGCUGCCACGCUACAAGCUCAGGGACUGGCUUCUGGGCGAUGUUAUGUCAGGACUAAUAGUUGGCAUCCUGUUGGUCCCCCAGGCCAUAGCUUACUCCUUACUGGCCGGUCAGGACCCGAUCUAUGGUCUCUACACUUCCUUCUUCUCCUCCAUCAUCUACGCCCUCUUAGGCACUUCCCGACACAUCUCAGUGGGGAUUUUUGGCGUGCUCUGCCUACUUGUGGGCCAGGUUGUGGACAGGGAGUUGGCUUUGGCAGGAUACCUCAGAGAGAGCACCGGCAUCAGUAGUAACAACAGUGCCGUCCUGCUGGCCGGCCAGGGGAAUGGCAGUGUUGGGGUGGAAUGUGACAGAAGCUGCUAUGCGAUCACAGUGGGAGCCACAGUUACCUUUACUGCUGGGGUUUACCAGGUGCUGAUGGGCAUCUUCCAGGUAGGUUUUGUCUCCGUCUACCUCUCUGACUCCCUUCUCAGUGGCUUCGCUACAGGAGCCUCCCUGACCAUCCUAACCUCCCAGUUCAAGUACCUUCUGGGUCUGAGGAUCCCCAGGCCCCAGGGCUGGUUCACCCUUUUCAAGACCUGGUACAGCCUACUCACCAACCUGGGGAACACAAACAUUUGUGACCUGGUGACCAGUUUGGUGUGUUUGCUGAUACUGAUUCCUACCAAGGAGCUCAACGAUCGUUUCAAAGCCAAGUUAAAGGCCCCGAUUCCCUUUGAGCUCUUCGUGGUGGUCAUUGCGACACUGGCUUCUCACUUUGGCCACUUCAACACAGCGUACGGGUCAGGUGUGGCUGGCGACAUCCCCACAGGCUUCCUCCCUCCCCAGCUGCCUUUAUGGUCUCUGAUUCCCAGCGUGGCUGUUGACGCCUUCUCCAUCGCCAUCGUGGGAUUUGCCAUCACUGUGUCACUGUCAGAAAUGUUCGCCAAGAAGCAUGGCUACACAGUGGAUGCCAACCAGGAGAUGUACGCCAUUGGCUUCUGCAACAUCCUGCCGUCGUUUUUCCGUUGCUUCACCACCAGCGCUGCUCUGACCAAGACCCUCGUCAAGGAGUCAACAGGGUGCCAGACUCAAAUAUCGGGGCUGGUCAGCGCCCUCGUCCUGCUGCUGGUGCUUCUAGUCAUUGCACCGUUCUUCUAUUCCCUUCAGAAGUGUGUACUAGCCGUCAUCAUUGUGGUCAACCUCCGUGGCGCUCUACGAAAGUUCACCGACAUUCCCAACAUGUGGCGUGUCAAUCGCGUCGACGCCUCCAUCUGGCUGAUCACCAUGGUGACCUCGUCCCUGGUCAACACGGAGCUGGGUCUCCUCGUGGGGGUUUUGGUGUCGGCCUUCUGCGUCCUGGGCCGAACCCAGCAGGUCCAGGUCCUGGAGCUGGGCCGGGCCUCAACCAGGGACCAUUACGAGGACCUGUCGUCUUACUGCGGCCUUCAGACGCAUCAAGGAGUGGCCGUUUUCAGAUACGAGGCUCCAAUCUAUUACGCCAACCAGAGCUUGUUCAAAAAGUCUCUCUACAAGUGUGUAGGGCUCGACCCCGUGAAGGAGAAGAUGCAGAGGUUAAAGUUCAAGAAGAAGAGCAAACAGCGGGAAGAGGUCACAGGAGUCCCGAACGUGAAGUCGGAGAAGGAGAAUGCGUCUAAGGAGGAUGAAGUUGAAGCUACUGCAACCUUCAAGCUUGACGCAAAAUCUUGCCCCAGCUUACGCAGCAUAGUGAUAGACUGUAGCCCCGUCUUGUUUCUAGAUACCGCGGGAGUGAAUGCUCUGAAAGAGGUCCGCAAAGAUUACGGAGAGCUUGGGGUCAAGGUUGUCCUGGCCCAGUGUAAUACCUCAGUACUGGACACGCUGGAAAGAGGGGGAUACUACCCUGACAAAAAAGAAGGUGAGGGAGGGGAGAACAAAGUUUUAUUCUUUACCAUCACAGACGCCGUCCGCUACAUCCAAAGCCUCUCUGGUCUUAACGGAGAUUGUGACACCAAAUGCUAAAAGAGAUCAUCUUUCUGUCCAGAUAUCUAUUUUUACACGUAUGCAGUUUACAUCUUACAUGAUGCAAAAGAGUAGUUCAUUGUUGCCUAUUUGCCUUGUAAUGCUCCAGUGAUGGCAGCAAAUAUUUGUCGGAUAGAUGCCGGAUAAUUACACAAAGGCAGGACUCCAGCAGGCCAUUCUUUAUUUAAGAGUGUUUGAUCAUGUUAAAUGCUAAAAGCAUUAUCAAGUCCACCGUACAGAAAUUGAUCCAAAGUACAUAGUACGUGAUAGUAAAAAUUGAAACUUCACAAUGGCUACAUCUGAAUUUCACUUUUGAGUAUCAUUUUCUCUUUUUUGCACACAGACACCCAAAUGAGUUUUCUGAGUUUGGAGAAACAUCCUAACUCCUAAUUUGGAAUAAUGCAACUGAAAAUUUUUUGAGCCACGUGCAGAGUGGCUACAGACUUUUAUUUUAUUCCCCAGCCAGGACCAUAGUCAACGAAUCAAAUACAAUUCUGUCAUGCAGCCCUUUUGCCUAAAUUGUAAUCCUGGAGUGACUGUGGUUCCUCGGGGCAGAUAAUGUAAUGUAAGGUGGGAUAUGUGCAAAAAAAGGGCAGGUUUUUCAUUGAGAAAUGCUGCUGCUUUUUUUUUUUU